GCGGUGCACGCAGGGCGCAGGCGCAGAAGGGCUUUACGGUGCGGCGUGCUGCUCGUGUUACCGGCAUGGGCCUCUCGCCACCGCUGCUGAUUCUGCCGCUGCUCCUGUCUGGCCCGUGGCUCGAGCUAGGGAAUGGGCAGGCUACUAGCAUGGUCCAGCUACCAGGUGGGAGAUUCCAGAUGGGAACAAAUUCACCAGAUGGCAGAGAUGGUGAAGGGCCUGUCCGGGAGGUGACAGUAAAACCCUUUGCCAUUGAUAUAUUUCCUGUCACCAACAAAGAUUUCAGGGAGUUUGUCAGGGAAAAAAAGUACCGGACAGAGGCUGAGAAGUUUGGGUGGAGUUUUGUCUUUGAGGACUUUGUCUCGGAUGAGCUUAGAAACAAAGCGGCCCAUCAGAUGGAGUCUGUUCUCUGGUGGCUUCCAGUGGAAAGGGCAUUCUGGAGACAGCCUGCAGGUCCUGGCUCUGGCAUCCGAGAGAGACUGGAGCUCCCAGUGGUACACGUGAGCUGGAAUGACGCUCGUGCCUACUGUGCUUGGCGGGGGAAACGGCUGCCCACCGAGGAAGAGUGGGAGUUUGCUGCCCGAGGGGGCUUGACGGGUCAGGUUUAUCCAUGGGGAAACCAGUUUCAGCCAAACCGCACCAACCUGUGGCAGGGAAAGUUCCCCAAGGGUGACAAAGCUGAGGAUGGCUUCCAUGGAGUCUCCCCAGUGAAUGCUUUCCCCCCACAGAAUAACUAUGGGCUCUAUGACCUCAUGGGCAACGUGUGGGAGUGGACGGCAUCACCGUACCCGGCCACUGACCAGGACAUGCGUGUCCUCCGGGCAUCCUGGAUCGACACAGCUGAUGGCUCCGCCAACCACCGGGCCCGGGUCACCACCAGGAUGGGCAACACUCCAGAUUCAGCUUCAGACAACCUUGGCUUCCGUUGUGCAUCCAGUGCAGGCCGACUGCCUGGGGAGUUGUGAACAGCUAUGCAGAGCCAAAGAGAAGAGCCCCAUGGUGCCCGUGCCACUCCCUGGCCACGUUCCAGACACAGCCAAACUCCAGACUCUUAAACUUUAGCCUCAGGAAUGAC